AGGCGCGCAGUGGGACGUGACCACAUGGUUGUGGAAGCGGGAGAAGAUGGACGACUUGGGUCCCCCCAAAGCGGGCCAGCGACCCUGGGAACAGUUUCAAUCUGGGAUGCCAGCCACCCUUCAAAGACCAAAGCAGAGACUGGACAGGCCACAGUAAAACAACGGUUUCAUGGCUUGCAAACCCGGCGUAGAAACUACUGCUUACACAGCACACACGCGCAGUUACUACUACUACUGUCAGCGUACUUCGGUCAUUAUAUGCCAUUUAAUUUGGCAGAGCGAAAAUUUAGUGCUCAUUCUGUAGUAGAAUGUGAUCAUGUACGAAAAGAAGUUAGUGUACGAACUGGAGGACUGGCUGACAAGAGCUCAAGGAAAACAUACACUUUUGACAUGGUUUUUGGAGCAUCUACUAAACAAAUUGAUGUUUACCGAAGUGUUGUUUGUCCAAUUCUGGAUGAAGUUAUUAUGGGAUAUAAUUGCACUAUUUUUGCAUACGGCCAAACUGGCACUGGAAAAACCUUUACAAUGGAAGGUGAAAGGUCACCUAAUGAAGAGUAUACUUGGGAAGAGGACCCCUUGGCUGGUAUAAUUCCACGUACUCUUCAUCAAAUUUUUGAGAAGCUUACUGAUAAUGGUACUGAAUUUUCAGUCAAAGUGUCUCUGUUGGAAAUCUAUAAUGAAGAACUUUUUGAUCUCCUUAAUCCAUCUUCUGAUGUUUCUGAGAGAUUACAGAUGUUUGAUGAUCCCCGUAACAAGAGAGGAGUGAUAAUCAAAGGUUUAGAAGAAAUUACAGUACACAACAAGGAUGAAGUCUAUCAAAUUUUGGAGAAGGGAGCAGCAAAAAGGACAACUGCAGCGACUUUGAUGAAUGCAUACUCUAGUCGUUCCCACUCAGUUUUCUCUGUUACAAUACAUAUGAAAGAAACUACAAUUGAUGGAGAAGAGCUUGUUAAAAUUGGAAAGUUGAACUUGGUUGAUCUUGCAGGCAGUGAAAACAUUGGCCGUUCUGGAGCAGUUGACAAGAGAGCUCGGGAAGCUGGAAAUAUUAAUCAGUCCCUAUUGACUUUGGGAAGGGUUAUUACUGCUCUUGUAGAAAGAACACCUCAUGUUCCUUAUCGAGAAUCUAAACUAACUAGAAUCCUCCAGGAUUCUCUUGGGGGACGUACAAGAACAUCUAUAAUUGCAACAAUUUCUCCUGCAUCUCUCAAUCUUGAGGAAACUCUAAGUACAUUGGAAUAUGCUCAUAGAGCAAAGAACAUACUGAAUAAGCCUGAAGUUAACCAGAAACUCACCAAAAAAGCUCUUAUUAAGGAAUAUACGGAAGAGAUAGAGCGUCUGAAACGAGAUCUUGCUGCAGCCCGUGAAAAAAAUGGGGUGUACAUUUCUGAAGAACAUUUUAGAGCCAUGAAUGGAAAACUGACUGUUCAGGAAGAACACAUUGUAGAAUUGAUGGAAAAAAUUGGUGCUGUUGAGGAGGAGCUAAGCAGGGUUACAGAGUUGUUUAUGGAUAAUAAAAAUGAACUUGACCAGUGUAAAUCUGACCUGCAAAAUAAGACACAGGAACUUGAAACCACUCAAAAACAUUUACAAGAAACUAGAUUACAACUUGUUGAAGAAGAAUAUAUCACCUCAGCUUUGGAAAGCACUGAGGAGAAACUUCAUGAUGCUGCCAGCAGGUUGCUUGGUACAGUUGAAGAAACUACAAAAGAUGUAUCUGGUCUCCACUCCAAGCUGGAUCGUAAGAAGGCAGUUGAUCAACACAAUGCAGAAGCUCAGGAUAUUUUUGGCAAAAACCUGAGUAGUCUGUUUAAUACUAUGGAAGAAUUAAUUAAGGAUGGCAGCUCAAAACAAAAGGCCAUGCUAGAAGUUCACAAGACCUUGUUUGGUAACCUGCUGUCUUCCAGUGUCUCUGCAUUAGACACCAUUACUACAACAGCACUUGGAUCUCUCACGUCUGUUCCAGAAAAUGUGUCUACACAUGUUUCUCAGAUUUCUAAUAUGUUAUUAAAAGAACAAUCAUUAGCAGCAGAAAGUAAAACAGUACUUCAGACAAUGAUUAAUAUGCUUAAGACUGAUCUUCUAAGUUCACUGGAAACAGUUUUAUCCCCUACUGUGGUGUCUAUAUUGAAAAUCAAUAGUCAACUGAAGCAUAUUUUCAAGACUUCAUUAGUAGUGGCUAAUAAGAUAGAGGAUCAGAAAAAGGAAAUGGAUUGCUUUCUCAGUAUACUGUGUAACAAUCUACAUGAACUACAAGAAACUACGAUUUCUUCCUUUGCUGAAUCACAGAAGUUAUGUGAAAGCUUAACUGAAGACCUGAAGACAAUGAGGAAAAUCCAUUCACAGGAACUUUGCCAGUUAACCAAUCUUUGGGCAGAGAGAUUCUGUGCUUUGGAGGAAAAAUGUGAAAGCAUUCAGAAACCACUUAGUAAUGUCCAAGAAAAUACAGAACAGAAAUCCAAGGAUAUAAUCAGCAAAACUACUUCUCAUAGUAAAAAGUUUUGUGCUGAUUCUGAUGGCUUGUCACAGGAACUCAGAUAUUUUAACCAAGAAGGUUCAAAAUUGGUUGAAGAGUCUGUGAAACACUGUGAUAAACUCAAUAGCAACCUUGAAAUAGUAUCUCAAGAGACUGAACAGAGAUGUGAGGCACUGAAAGCAAGCACACUUUGUUUUUCUGAACAGUGGGUAUCUUGCUUAAAUAAAAGGGAAGAGGAACUUCAGAAUUUAUUGGAGGUUGUAAACCAAGGUUGUGAGGCUUCAAGUUCAGAGAUUACUGAAAAAUUAAGUGGACAUAAAGCAGCUAAUGAGAACCAGCAUAACAUUUUUCUUGGUCAGAUAAGCACUGAUGAAGAAAAAUUAAUGGCACAAAGUCUAGAACUUAAUGAAACCAUAAAAAUUGGUUUGACAAAGCUUAAUUGCUUUCUGCAACAGGAUCUGAAACUGGAUGUCCCAACAGGUAUGACACCACAGAGGAAGAAUUAUUUAUACCCAUCAACACUGGUGAGAACUGAACCACGUGAACAGCUCCUUGAUCAGUUGAAAAGGAAACAGCCUGAGCUGUUAAUGAUGCUAAAUUGUUCAAAAAACAACAAAGAAGAGAUCAAUCAGGACUUGGAUGAAGAAAAGGAAGUUCUGGAGCACACUAAUGAGGAGCCGCUAAGUCAAAAGCCAUCUGUAGAUGCUGGAAUGGAUUGUUCAUCAGGUGGUGGAGUUCCAUUUUUCCAGCAUAAAAAACCACAUGGAAAAGACAAAGAAAAUAGAGGCAUUAAUGCAGUGGAGAGGUCUAAAGUGGAAGAAACGACUGAGCAUUCUGCUACAAAGAGCAGAUUACCUCUCCGAGCCCAGAUAAAUCUUUAGUUAACCUGAGGGUUGGUAAUUUUAUUUUUAAGAAAAAUGAAAAAUAACACCUGCAACCCCAGGACUUGAGCCUUUUGUAUAUAUAUAAAUGAGUAGAAAAUACCAAGGCUGUACUGUAAAUUUUGUUGAAUUUAAUAUCUAUCCAGUUUUCUGUCAUCCCUGCAGUUCACUGUGUAUUAAAUUGGGUUUCCUUUAGGAUUUGCAUUGAGUAAAUAUGUAUUUCGAACUUUUGAUAUAAAACAGCCCUUUCAUAACGAAUGAAAAAUAUUUUUCUUACAUAUUAAUAAAUGGCAGAUAAACAGAAGCUGCAGUGUUUUUCUAGGCUUGAACUUACAUACACAAGUACCACCAAUGCACCAUCUCAGAAACGACCAUCUUCUUUUCCUGAUGUGAUUGAAUUAUGUCUGUAUUUGCUUGCCUCAUUCCCUAGACCUUUCCAUUCUGCCUUAGCCCACUUUCUUCCUUUUUUGUCAUUUGUAGAGCUACAAAAUGGUACCCAUUUUUAUUGUAUGAUACCAGAAUUUUACCUAGAAAUCACUUCUCUGUUGUUAUCUCCAAAAUUAGUCAACAAUAAAUAACUUUAGAAGUACCUCUUCCUUUAAAAUAUUUAAUUUUUUUCCUCCUAUAUAUGACACAAUUUCAUUCCUUUAUAAAGUCCAACAUAUUAGCCCCAACAGAGUUCACAAAAAGCCAGCUUCUCCAGAAUAUUAGGGAACCUACCUAGCGCUCUGAUUAAUGGCUAUGUGGCCCUAUUUUGAGGCCUGUGUCCUUUGCAAAAGGUAACAGUGAUAUAAGAACUUUUAGAAGCUAUUAAUUAUGACUAUAAUUUAAAUUCUUUUGUUUACCUGAUGGAACUUUUUGUUGUUAUUAUAAUAAAAUAGGUAUAUGUAUAUUUUUCUCUGUUGAAAUCUUAACCUUUAAAAGGGCCCUGACAGUUUAGACCUGGCAGCCGAAUUUCCAGAGAUGGAGAUGUUUCAGAAUGAAGGACUAGAGCACUUAGGUGGAAUAUAUGCAAAGAAUGAAUUAUAUGCCUACAUCAAGUUAAAAUGUAUACAUUUAGAGAUUGGCUUUCGGUAACUAAGUAAAGCCAAACCUGUUGGAGAAUUAAAAGAUACACAAUUUUGAAGAACUAAAUUUACCUUGCAGAAGUAAUUAUCUUAAUAAAAAUAAUGAUAUUAUUUCUCUGCAAAAUCGGAUGUCAACACAAGCUAUGGAUGAUACUAUAAACUGAUGAUACAGUAAUAAAAUAAACUGUUCUCAGUAAAUCCAAGAUGAAUAAAUUUGGU